UCUCCAAUAAAACUAAAACUACUUAAGGUAUCAAACGCUUAUCAGAGUUCUCAUAAAAGUAUAUCAAGAGAUAGAAAGAGAGGGUGAUGAAUAGAGGUGCGUUGGAGAGUUCACCGGUUCAACAGCUGAUGACGGCCGGAAACCCUGAUUGGUGGAACGUAAGCGGUGGCAUGAGGCCACCACCACCACUGAUGGGUCAUCAAAAAGGGCCGCUGCCGCCACAAAUGACUCCUAACAACACUUUCCGACCACGGAUGAUGCCUACUCUCUUGCCACACUUUUUGCCAUAUCCGGCGACUUCUUCUUCACCUUCUUUGCCUAAUAACCCUAAUAUAUCUUCUUGGCUUGAAAGCAAUGAUCUCCCUCCUGAGUCUUGGAGCCUUAGCCAACUUCUCAUGGGUGGAGUGAUGAUGGGAGAGGAAAAGAGAUUGGAGAUACUGAACCAUCAUAAUCAUCAUGAUGAACAACAGCACCAUAGUUUUCAAGGGAAGAUGGGAUUAGAAAAUUGGGAAGAGCAAGUCCUACGCCAACAACAAGCUUCCAUGGGAGUUGUUGACAUUAAACAAGAGAGUAACAUUAACAACAAUAAUGGUUAUCUCAUAUCUUCUCCAAACUCACCUCCUAACAAGUCUUGUGUCACAACCACAACCACAACCACAACAAGCCUCAAUAGCAACGACGAUACCAACAAUAACAAUAAUAUGUUGGAUUUCUCGAGCAAUCACAAUGGUUUAAAUUUGUCUGAGGGUAGACACACUCCUCCGAAUAGAUCCUCUGAGUGUAACAGCUUAGAGAUUGGCGGCUCUACAAAUAAGAAGCCAAGGCUUCAACCUUCUCCUUCUUCACAGUCCACCCUCAAGGUGAGAAAGGAGAAAUUAGGAGGCCGGAUCGCAGUGCUUCAUCAGCUAGUAUCUCCUUUUGGAAAGACUGACACAGCUUCUGUCCUGUCGGAAGCUAUUGGAUACAUUAGAUUCCUUCAGAGUCAAAUUGAGGCUCUGAGUCAUCCAUACUUUAGUACAACUGCCUCGGGGAAUAUGAGGAACCAACAACAUUUGCAAGGAGACAGAAAUUGCUUAUUUCCGGAGGACCCUGGUCAGCUCGUCAAUGAUCAAUGCGUGAAGAGAAGAGGAGCCUCGUCUUUGUCUACAGAGAAUCAGAAUGCAAAUGAAGAACCUAAGAAAGAUUUAAGAAGUCGAGGUUUAUGUCUUGUUCCAAUCUCCUGCACAUUCCAAGUCGGCAGCGACAACGGCGCCGACUAUUGGGCUCCGACACUCGGUUCCACCGGUUUCCACUGAACCAAUGAAUUUACGCCACGUGGGAUUCCAACCUUAGAGAAAAUGAUAUAACAUCACGAGCAGUCAGUCUAAUGAGAAACCAACAAAUGAGUUUACAAGACUGAUUGCUCAUGAUGCUAUACAAAGAACUUUGCUAGAGAAUUUGCGUUUGGCGUUUCAUCGUUUUUAUGUAAUCAGAUGAUCAAGCAGUCCUUUAGGAAACUGUGUGUUAAUGUUUUUACUGGUUCACUGUAAUCUGUGGUUAAGUAUUUGAAGCAAAGCGAACAUAAACUUGUUUACAAAGGUUUGUGAGAUCAAAAAGUUCGGCCCCAGCCCACAAAAAGCCCAAAUUGUGAAGGUGGUCAACGGUUUAACUACAUCUGAAACCCUCUUCAUCCACUGCAAAUCCAAAGAAGACGAUUUAGGCGAACAUAAUCUGCGUCUUGGAGAUAGGUUUUCUUGGAAUUUUGGAGAAAAUACUCAACUUUGUUUUGGUGCUACUUGAGUAAAGAUGAUGGUCACAGACUCGCAUGAAUGUAAAAAGUCUUUUGGGAUGAUGUAAUUUUAUUCCAUAGAUGCGGUUGGAAGAAGUGCGUUUGGACUGCUAAAACUGAUAGGGCUUUAUCUUUGGAACUUUGCCAAUGGUCAAGAUAUGUUGUUGGAGAAAUGGGAAGCUGGAUGGUGAUUUUUUUCAUAUGUUUUAUAGACAAUAAAACUCACUGUUCUUUUAGUACUUUUCCAUCAAUAAUAAAUUUAUGUUUUUUAAAAGGA